UCAGCUGGAAGGAAGUUGCUGCUGGACUGGGGACAAAGAGCAGGCUGGAUGCAGGCAGACCCAGAUGGACGGUGCUGAGAGUUUCUAGGCCCGAGGGCCCUGAGAACUUCCUGUGCUGCAUUCGGAUGUAGAGAAACCCUCCUGUGUUACGCUGGCUGAGGGUUACUGCAGGAUGAGACGUGCCAUGGCUCUGUGCAGGCUCCUGCUCCUCGGGCUGCCCUGGCUGGUCGCUGCAGUGACAGCUGCUACCCCUGGGUGCAAGAUCCGGAUCACCGCCAAGGGCCUGGAGCUGGUGAAGCAGGAAGGGCUGCGCUUUGUGGAGCAGGAGCUGGAGCACAUCAGCAUCCCUGACCUGCAUGGGAAGGAAGGACAGUUCCAGUACAACAUCAGUGGGCUGAAGGUGACGGAUCUGCAGCUGGCACUCUCCAGCCUGCACUUCCAGCCCCCGCAGCACCUUGCCUUCAACAUCAACAAUGCCUCCAUCAGCCUCCGCUUCCGGCGCCAGCUGCUCUACUGGUUCUUCUACGAUAUUGGCUCCAUCAACGCCUCUGCCGAAGGUGUCAACAUCCGCACCCUGCUGAAGCUGUCCAUGGACAAGGCCGGGCGCCUCAAGAUUUCUAACAUCACCUGUAAUGCCUCCAUUGCCAGGAUGCAGACUGGCUUCACGGGCACACUCAGGAAGGUCUAUGAAUUCCUGUCUACCUUCAUCACCACAGGGAUACGCUUCCUUCUCAACCAGCAGAUCUGCCCCGCACUGCAUUACGCGGGGCGUGUGGAGCUGAACUCGCUGCUGGACACCGUGUCGGUGCGCAGCCCGGUGGAUGAGCACAUCAGCAUCGAUUACUCUCUCCUCAGCCACCCCGUCGUCUCCCCCGACACCCUCGAUCUGGACUUCAAGGGCAUGUUCUACUACCAGAGGAAUGAGACGCUGGUGAACCAGGCAGUGGCACCAGUGAUCAAGGAGACGGAGCGCAUGGUCUACGUGGCUUUCUCCGAGUACUUCUUCAACUCUGCCAUGGAUGCCUAUUACCAGGCGGGGGUGCUGAGCAAGGAGAUUGCAGGGGAGGAGGUGCCCAAGGACCUGGAGGUUUUGCUGAGAGCCACAUUCUUCGGAAGCAUCAUCAUGCUGAGCCCCGCUGUGGUGGAUGCGCCCCUGAAGCUGGUGCUGCAAGUGUCGGCUCCUCCACUCUGGACAAUCAAACCCGCGGGCACCUCCGUCUCUGUCGCUGCCGUCCUGAACAUCUCCCUGGUGCCCGUCGACCACCCUGCCAUCCAGCUCUCCAGCAUGACCAUGGAUACCAAGCUGAGUGCCAAGGUGUCUUUGCAAGGGAAAGCGCUGCAGGUGCAGUUGGAUCUGAGAAGGUUUCGGAUCUACUCCAAGCAGUCCGCACUGGAGUCCCUGGCGCUGUUCCCACUGCAGGCUCCCCUGAAGACACUGCUGCAGUUGGUGAUCAUGCCCAUCCUCAAUGAGAGGACAAAGAAGGGCGUCCCGAUCCCCCUGCCUGAGGGCAUGGACUUCACCAAGGAGAUAGUCGUGAGUCAUGUGGGUUUCAUCACUGUGGGGGCAGAUCUCCAUUUCUCUAAGGGACUGCGGGAGGUGAUUGAGAAAUACCAGCCUGCUCAGGCCAGCCGCCCACCAAGCCCAGGGCCAACAACCACAGCUGAGCUCUAACCUUUCCUUGCUGAUUUCCUUUAACACUACAACGCCCCAGGCCAGCCUCAGAGUCUUCACUAGAAAGCAGCCAGCCAGCUCCUGCAGGCCACACCUGGCCCCUGGAUGCAGCUGCUUGGGGCAUGGCAGUAAUCGCACCAUUACACUAAUAAACAGGGCUAGACACAG